AAAGAUCGCAGUUUCGCCUCUGGGUACUGUUAAUGGCUGCCUCAUUUCAGUUUUUGUGUCUACUGCGGAAAAGUUUCGAAAUUCUAGUGGAAAACGGAUCCGGCCGUUCCCCAAACGUGCAGCAAUCGCUAGUAUCGUUUUGUAAAAAGUAGUUUUUAGUGUUUGUAAGCUAAAACAGUGUGCAUUGAGACGGGAAAUUUGCCACUGAAAAGUGGACGAAAUUCAUUUUUCUCGGAUAUUUGCAAUCUGUGUUCCUUUGGGCGAGAGACAGAAAGAGACGAGUGCGAGUGUGUAUCCGUGUGCGUACACGUACACGAAGAGAGGAGUCCCCAUUUCUCCAACAUCUCUGUGUGUGACAGACAGUGACAUCGUGUGCGUACGUCGAAAGCUAGUGACAAAAGAACGCGAGUGCCGAAGGAAAGGAACAGGAAAACAUCUGUGAUAAAAUCGUGCGUGUGAGUGAGAUCGUGCGUCGGAAAGUCUAUCUUCUCCCGACGGCACAGUGGGGUGGGGGGACUGACGUUGGCGUUUCUGCUGCUGGUGUGCCCCCAAAAAUUGAAUCGCGUAGUUGUUUUACAAACGGAUUUGAGUGUGUAUGUGCGUGUGCGUACAGCACGAACUGUCAAAAACCAAACCUUCCUCUCGUGGGGUGGUGUUGGUGUUAACGUCAGGAAGCGAGUAAAAAAGAAACUUUUUCAUUCAUCAGCGAGCGAACGCGAACGAAUCGCAGUUUUCCAACACAAAAGUUAAAUCCGUGGGUUGUUUUCGCAUCUUUGUGCGUUUUUCGGAACGAUGUCGGACGCGAUAAAUAUGGACCUGCAGUCGUCGAUGUUGCUAGAAACGUUACGCCAGACGCCGAGCAUUCAGGAUAACAACCAUCUAGACAGCGGUGGCGGAAGUGCUGGAGGAGAUGGUAAUGCGAAAAGUACUUCCUCUUCGUCGCUGUCGUCAUCGGCAGACGGUGGGGGAGGUGGUGGCGUUGGCAUUAUUCAUUCGGACGGAGGCGAAAAAAGUGCGCUGGAAGCGAUGGAUCCUGCGAUUCUGUCUGCAUCGGCUCCGUCCGGUGCCGGAUCUCCGGUUUCUGGAAGCAGCAGUAGUGAAAAAUCCAACCGGACACGGUAUUCGAUCAACCAGCUGCUGGCGCUGCGGAAUCUGGAACCCUCGAAGCAGAAGCCCAUCUUUAUGGUUGAACCGAAAAAUGAUAAACUUGCCCGUAUGUUUAGCAUUCUAGAUCGGACCACGGAUCGUUACGGGAAAAGUUUGUCCAUCGGUAAACCAUCGGAUGGUGCGUACGAGGAUGAGAACGGAGGAGGAAACGGAUCGGGUGGAAACUACGGACGGAAUCGUGCUGCCAAUGGACCCGGUGGUGGGAAUGCUGACGGUGGUUCAGGUGGAGGAGGGAAUCGUAUGGAUAUGCGUCGUUCUGGGGGUAUGGAAUUACGUGACCCGAAAGAUAGAUUACGUAAGGAGGAUGGAAUUGUCCUUUCGCCGCAAAGACGGUCGUUCAACAUGGGAUGUCAAAUGCCUGCGGCUCCCAGUGCCAACACGAGCGGCUUGAACAUCGGCGGGGGGCUGCUUCGUAAUGAACGGGAUAUCAUCGGAGGCAGGGAACGGCGCAUAGGAAGCGGUCGUAUUUUGUCUCGGGAUGUAUCUUGGGAUUAUCGUCCGGAUAAAGAUGCUCCGGAAAGUAACGAUUACCGUGCUUCCGCCAAUUCCAGCUACAGCAGAGAACGCGAUACGAGAGACACCCGAGAUCCCAGAGAUCGAAAUGACCGUGAUAAAGAGUUUCGCAAGGAUUAUGAUCGUGAUCGCGAACGGGACCGUGAUCGAGAGGAACGCUUCGAGCGGAGGCCCCACCCUAAUCGGGAUUUCGAUCGAAAUGAUAAAGAUUCUCGUAACUCUCGCAUGUCCUCCCGUUAUUCGUCCAAUUCGUACAACGAUUCUCACGGAGGAAGCAACUACCAUUCCAAUAAUUACAACAAUCAUUACCAUUCUUCCCAUCACGACCGUCGUCGUCUCUACAGCGAUCACCGUGAUGAGGAACCCGAAUGGUUCAGCGAGCCAACGUGCCAAACGGACACUAUCGAACUGCGAGGAUUCGACGACCCGCUGUCCGAAGAGGAAACGACCAAGUCCGACAAGGAAGACGACCCAAAACAGGACCUGACGGAUGCCAAACAGCUCGGAAAGGAAACCAUCCAUCGUCCGGCCUCGUCACUUCGGCAGAACGAUAAGAACAAUAACGCCGACGACGGCGGUUCCGAUUUGUUGACGCUUCCGGGUCGUACCGGAGGGCCGCCGGCAGACAAAGCAAAUGCCAAUCAACAGUUGCUGACGCCUAAUGCUGCCGAUCCCAACGCCAAGUCGAUGGAUCGUACCCCAGGAGACGGAGCUAGUGAGGGAGGAUCCAUCGGCACCACCAAAUCCGGGCUGGGACCGACGACGACGGCUCUUGGUGUUGGCGGUGGUAUUUCCGGUGGCAACCUAGGGCAGUCCAAGAUCAACGACGACGAUUUCAACUUUGAGGACUUUCUCAAGCUUGACGCACUGCCGAGUAGUUUGCUAUAUCCGGAUCUCCCAGCUAGCAAAGAGAGCGGCAAUGUCGGAGGCUCUCGAUUCUCUCAAUGGUUUCGCCAGGACAGCAGCGCCCAAUCGCAACCGACUCAACCGGGCUCCGGGCUGAACCAACCGCCGCAGCUUCAACAACCGAAACAACAGCAACCAUCAUCACAUUUCAACGACAGUCGGCGAUCGUCGCUUCAGGAUGAGAUCAACAACAUGAUCAACGAUUUCACGUCAACCGGACUAGAUGACCAUAUGCCAGACACAAAUUCGAACAAAUAUUUUGCUCCGAUCUCUCCGGCCGCCAGUACAUCGUCGAAUUCGUUGAUGGAAUUGUUUCAGCGUAGCGAGAAACAGUUGCAGCAGCAGCAACAACAACAUCAGCAGCAACAACAACAACACCAGCAACGUGAUCGAGAGCAUCUUCCGCAGCAUCAAAUUCCACCACCUCAACAACCAACUCACCCGCAUGGCCAUCCGCUGUUGGCACAUCCUCCAAACCAUCCUGGACUGCACCACCAGCAACAGCAGCAGCAACAUCAUCAGCAAAUUCAAAAUCGCAAUUUGCAGCAGCUGCUGGGUGUUAGCAGCAGUGGCAACGUUAGCAAUCAUGGUCCACAUGGGCCAAUUCCUCCGGCUCCGAGUGGCGGCCAGAUUCACAGCGUUGAAGAACUGGAAGCGAGAUUCCGCCAAAGUGAUGGCGAUACUGGAAAUCGGUCCACUGGAGUUGGUCCAUCAAUUCCCAGACUAAUCACACCUUCGUCUGGUGGUGGUGGUAGUGGAAGCGUCAACGUUGGUGGUCAUUCGUCCAACGAGGGUCCGCCGCAGGACGUCAUGACCUUCAAAAAACUAAUGGCUCAAAUAUCAGAAAACCAACAACCGCACAAUACCCAGCCAACCCCAGCAGCUCAUCCUCCUCAUCCGAUCAACAUGUUGCAUCACCAGCAACAGCAAAACGAACUCCUCCAAAAGAUGUUGCAUCUCAACCAAAUGCACCACCCUCCGGCAGUGAACGAUGCCCGUCAAGCCGAAAUCCUCAAGCGUCCGGAAGCACAAGCCCUGUUGCAUGGCAUGGCCCGCGGUGAAGUUUCUCAGCACAACCUUUGGCAGCAACUGACCAACCCGGCCACGGCUCAACCGCAUCGCGAACUUCUCAGCUCGGUUCUGAGUACCAUCAGUACCAGCCCGCGAGUAGUUUCCCCCAACAUCCUUAUCCAACCGAGCCCAGGAGGCGUUCCCAUUCUGCCACCAGCCGCUACGGUUCCACCGGCGGCCGUGGCCGCUGCCGCAGCUGCAGUUGCUGCCAACAGUGCGAACCUCCUCUUCCAGCACCAUUCCAAGCAGCAGAUGCGACUGUCGCCACUGCCCAACGGUGGUAUGCCGCAGAGAAUUCCCUCCCCUCGGGAGCUGCAGUACCACACUCAGUCAAUUAUGCAGAAUGCGUUGAUUCGCAAGAAGCUCGAAGAACAAAGGGAAAACUACCGCAAACGCCAGGAGCAGCAGCAGCAACAGCAGCAGCAACAAAACCGUACCCAACCCGAGACUAGUGUUGCGGCAUCAUCUACGGCUUCUGCUUCUACGACUUCCACAACAACGACCAGUGCGAGUUCAUCAGCUGGCAAUCUCAACCAACAACAAACUGGAAACCAACCGGCCAACAGUAUCGCAACCAGCGCCCCAACAACUGUUGUCCCUUCUCCUUCCAUCGCAGCUCCUGUGGUGGCAAGCUCGAUUGCAUCGCCAGCCAAACCAACUCCACCGUUGCACUCACAUUCUCAGCACACUUCUUCUCCCACGCCGCUGGCGUUCACUCCCACGUCCGUACUACGUAAAAUGACUGCCGAGAAGGAAACUGAGCAACUGUCCGCUAGCAAUUCCACCAACGCCCCAUCUCACUCGACAAUUUCGAGUGCGCCCCCUAUCGAACGCCCUCCGCUAGGAACUGGCGGUGGCCAUGGCGGUCAAAAUCUCCUAAUGGGACUGAACAACCCUCUUUCCCAGCAACAACAGCAACAGCAGAGAAAUCUAGCUGCACUUAUCGGAUCGCAUCCUCCGCUACAACCACCACCGCACAGCCAACCGCAAGGUCCCCCACCGCAGAUUCCUCACCAUCACAUGGGAAAUGCUCACCUGCAUGGAUCCUCGCUGGGAGGUCCCCAGAGUGCGCAACAAUCGCAGCCGAACCACCAACAGAUGCGCGCUAGUCACCAACCGCCGGGAAUGCCCGGUGGAAACAUUCCUUGGAAUCUGAAGCAGCCUCAUCCAGGUCAGCAGAUGCCACCGAUGCCCAAGCCUCAGGGUAGGCCAAUCCUGAAAGGUGGCAAUACCCAACAGCAACCACCGCAACAACAGCAGCACCCUUCGCCGAUGUCGCAGAUGUCUUUUGCUUCCAAUCUAGAAUUUCAACAGCAGAUGCAACAAUUCCAAGGACGCAGUGGCAAUCCUAUUCUAGGGUCACACCAACCCCAGCAGCAGCAACAGCAAAUGCUGCAACAACAGCAGUCCCACAAUCAACACCAAAACCAAAUGAAUCCACACCUACAACAGCUGCUGCAGCAACGUCAGCAGCAGCAACAGCAACAACAACAACAGCGUGCCAUUCGCAACCAGCACAUGCAGCAGAUGCCCCCGUCGUUCCGUAUGGGGCCCCAGCAACAGCAGCAGCCGCCACAAUCCCAAGGACCCCAUCCCCAUCAAGGCCAACCACCCCAGCCAGGUGCUUCGGGAAUCAUGAACUACAACCGCGAUGGCGGUCUAUCGCCCACCAGCAACCAGCUAGCCCGCUGGUUCUCGCCGGAACUUCUUGCGCAGGCUUCUGCCGGUAAACUGCCAUCGCUCAACAUAGGACAGGCCAUGAGCUUGGAGGAGUUUGAACGAAACAUGCAACAUUCGUCGGCCACCGUGCACAACUGAGGGCUACCUAAAGCUGCUGUGUCUCCAUCCGCCGCUGCUAGAUCUGCUGCCGUUCCGCCACCGUUGUCAUCGCCAUGGCACGAUGUAGGGGGACCCGGCGGAUUCAAACGGUUAACAGCGGCGGACCUUCGCAGCAGAGACAACAACAAAUUCAUCUGCCGGCCAGAGUAGGUUUUUAUACUCUCUUCCUCUCUACUAUCUCUCAACACAUACAAAGCAAUUUGAUUCGACGGUCUCUCUUUGUACAUUUCUGUCUGUAUUUGGGCAUCGUUUGAAACGAGCUACUCCCGACAAAAGGUCGAAAAACAAAACGUCGAAAGCGAAAUGGUUAAAUGAUCGAAUGAACAGCAAUUUUAUUCCGACGUUUUGAUCCUUGAUCUUUUAUCCCUGGAACCCAUUCGAAGCGGAUAAACAUUACUAAUAGUACUGAAUUGUGUAUAGGAUUGCACUUUUACCAGAUCUUUGCCUAAAGACACACGCCACAAAUCUAUACAAACACACACACACAGACAUCGUUCUGAUAGAGAGCGCAGCGCAUUAUAGUAUUUUUCUCCAUUGUCUUAACGUACCGAGCGCGUAUUACUGGAUGGACACUAGAAGAUAUUAUACAUAUAUUGUUAGAAUCAGCAUCCGAAUUGUAAUGUUUGUAACACGGCUGCAACCGUUGAUUGUUAAAAAGGUAACACAAAAAAAACAUUCUGGCAUAUAGGUAUAAAUAGUAACGUUAGAAAACUCAAAACUAAACAAACAAAAAAUGCAGGUUCAACAACCUAUAGAGUCAUUCAUAGCUAGUUAGAUAGAAAUAAUUAAAUAUCACAACCUCUAAAGUAUUUGGCAUCUAAAAGGAAAAAAAAACAACUGGAAGUUUACAAAUUGUAGCGCAGCUCCUAGAUGUUACGAACAUACCUACGUGUGCGAAUAGUUGAGAGCUUCUCAGUGUUGUUGCUUUUUUUCUCCGAUAGUCGUUUAGCAGCAGAAUUUGACUAGAUUAGAGUAUUUAUUUUUAUUAUUUUGUCACUAAGUUGAAAACAGAUGAAAAGAAAAAAAAAACUGAUUGAAAUUUCCGAAUAGUGGCAGUAAUCUAUUGAUCUGUAUCCGAGUUCAUACUGGAUUACUUUGGGUUUCUUGGCCCAUUUUUAGGUGGCUGUGAUCUUGAUUUUGUGACCAUACACAUGGUUGCGACUGCGUUUACUGUAGAUCAGCUGGCAUUAGCACUAGGAAUCUACAAAUGCCUAACUUCUUGAGAUUGAGUUUUCUCCAUUUUUCUUAUGCUAUGUGUUGGCGAUCUCGUUUUAUCUUGGUAAUUGUAUCUUAAAAGUCUGGGAGAAACACCUCUGUGUUUUUUUCGGAAAAAAGCUGUUCCAUUUCCAGAUUAACAGAUUAACUAAUUAUUUUUAUUUUUGGCGCAAAGCCGUUCUGAACGUUCUGAAUUAGGAGUCACCUGUUUGGUGAACUUCUAUCACCGGAACAGCCGGUAAGUUGGUGUUAUUCUGUUCCCAAUUAAGACAGCCGCUGCCGACACUACACAGCUAUCUAGACUGACGGGGAAAAGAAAUUGAUCUUGAUGAUCAGCUUCGAACGUCCCUUGAAUAAUAAAUUGAUAGGUAAUGACAAAAGAAAAUACCACGGAAAAGUCAACACAACGGCGGUUACAACAGAAGUAUGUAUCCCAUGUUGUGAUGCUCGGUUUUCUACAUAUUUUAGUUCGAAUUUCACGCUUAUAACAAAUAUUUGUUACAUGUUUUCGUCAACGCCAUUUGGUGAUAAUGUCGAUCAUUAUUGUACACACUCAAUAGGUGCCAAUAGGGCUUUAAAUGGUUUUCUAUUUGUCUUGUUAGUCCGUACUUGAGCUAUACAUCUACAAUUUUCUUCUGUGUAUGGAGUGAUAUACAUAGGGAUUUAAACGAACUUAAACGAAUGAUAGAGAGAAAGUAGGUUGCUUACAAAACAAAAACAUAACAACUAAGACGAAAAUCGAUGAAAAAUCGCACAUCAUCUAUGAAAGCAGGCUACAAACGUCACUACAAAUGGUUAAGCUUGUGGCGCUAAAGAGAUUGGAGAAAUAAAUGCCGAACUAAAUGAAUCAGACGAUCUCUAUGAACCGACUACUUUAACCGUACCGAGAGUAUUGAGAGGGAUCCCCAGCCGGAUGAUUCCGCGACCGUGGGGAAAGAAAUGCUGAAGCGAACGCAUAGGAAUGGUUGUGCCGCAGUUGUGAGUGUUAAAUUUAGGAAAUCCUCAAACGAUUUAUGUGCAUCUGUUAGCGCUGGUAGAAGAUGUACUAUAUGGCCCAUCUAUGACUAGUAAGAGAUUAAACCCGUUCUACAAACGGUUACUGCUAUCGAACACAUAGAAAACGGUGUACGUGGAACUUGUAAGUGUUUUAUUUUUUCGGUAGUCUUGUAAGGGUUAUAUGUGUAACACAGAACAAUGUAGUAACAUGUACAUCAGAUACUAUUAAAACUAAGACUUGAUAAUAUUCUGUUUAUUUAUAUGGAAAUUCUAUUCUUUUUUUUGUUAAUUGUGCACUAACUUUUUUCGUUUCCCUUAGCAAAAACCAAAAUUUGCUACAGCGUUUUAUUUUCAUCUCAUACUUUUCCCCAAAGUAACAUCUUAUUAAAUUAAGCACCUUGAAGAGAUCUUUGCUCAUUUUCUCUUUCGUGAUUGUGAUCCAUAGUUAUACCAUAUAAGUUGGUCGAAAUGAACAGUAACCUCUCCCCUAAGUUAAGAGAUAAUUUUAUUCGAAACUAUUAGCACUUAAGUCCACAGAAAUAUAGAGUUUAACAAAGAAAAAAAAACUUAUCUAGCCAAUGUAGACGAGACGAUUGCAACACAACCAUCAUGUAAACAACUAUAAGUAAAACGAUAUUAUGGUUGCUGUACUGUAAAAAAACGACGGAAGAACAAGAAAAACUAGUAGGAAGACACAUGUAACUAUAAUGAGAAUGCUAUUAAAGUACUACAAUUAAGCAAACAAACAAACAACAACUGCAUAGCAAACGACAAAAAAAAACAGUAAAAGGCAAAAUCGAAUUCAGUUCAAUCUCGGAAACAGUAAACGCGGAAACCAUACAGCACUAAAUGCUAACACACGCAGCCGCAACAGCAAGAGCAGUAAACGUGAACGUAGGAUGUAGUUUUGUGAAACUUUCAGAAAAUUCGUCAAGACAUAUAUUUGUGUACGCAAAUUACACGUUCGGACUAAUUACUAAAAUAUGGUCUAUCCAAACCACCACCUACUACCUGCCACCGCAGCAGCAGCAAACACUACUGGCAGAGCUGUUUUUGAAGUUGUUUGAAUUCAACUAUGGUUAAAUAUGAAACUGGAAAAUGCAAACAAAAAAAAAUCUAUGUGACAUUACAUUGAAACAAUAUCAUAUGUAAUAAACUUCAAUUCAAUUGAAAAUCCAA